UGAGUCAAAAAGAUGCAGAUAUUUUUCGCUGUGCUACUUCGAAGUUGAUGCAAUUUAUGUGAUCAAAUGAAGUGACUCCUUAAAGAAGGGAUGGCGGAAUGCCCCGAAGGUGCUAAUAGUACUGUUACAGUUACUGAAGAAGCGACCGAGAGUCCUUCGCAACAGAGGCUUGUACUGAAACUUAAAAAGCCCAAGACAGAAAAGAAAGUACAAUGGGAUGAAAGUGCUGUAGACAACGAGUUUAUGGGAAAGAAAACAUCAAAAUGCUGCUGUAUUUAUUCCAAGCCAAAGAUGUUUGGAGACUCCUCCUCAGAAAGUGAUAGUGAUGACGAAGGAUGUAAUCAUAAUGCUUAUUGUACCGGCCACAAAAAGAAAGGUCAUCGCAGUCAUCACCAUGAUCAUGGUGACAAAGGAGAGGGUUCCUUGGGGUUGAAUCCUGACCCAAGUGCUACAUAAACAACACCUCAAGACAAUGAACCUUUUUCCAGAGAAAAAGUCACAUAAUUUAAUUUUUAAUUCACAAGAAAUUAUUUUGUAUAUUUUUUUGUACAGCGUAGGUUGCAAGGCAAAAUGAAAGAGUUACCAGGGUGCAGGAUAGAGUAAAAAGUUAGAAGUGUUCUAUGUUUAGUUAGAGAGGGCUUUUGCUCGUUUUUAAAUUCUUGAUUUUUUCUUUCACAAAGGUUUCAUUCCAAGGGGUUGCGAGAAAGGUGAACAGCAUAAAAUUAUGUUAAUUUCUUUGUUGUUCCCAGUUGUGAUAAUAAAUGUAAAUUUAAUCUUUCUAUUUAAAAACAAAAUAUAUAAUUGUAUAUGUAUAGACACCAGAAAUAUAUAUAGUGUAGUGCCCUACAAGCUAAAAGCUGACAAUUUCAGAGAUCAUGCUGACUGCAGCACUAAGUACAUGUUAACAAGUGCUUUUUGGGUCAAAAUUAUUAGCUCAUAAUUCCCUUUAAUAGCUUCCUGAAAUUGAUCACAAUUAAAAUUAUUUUCUGCUUACUUACUGGACUGUCAACAAAGAUUUUGUUCUUGAAACACGUAACUUUGUAUAUUGCAUAUUCAUAAAGAAAUUAAGUCCCAUCUGCUUGUGGCUUUCUUUGAAAUAAACUUAGAUCAAACUU